CAAAAAAGUCCCCUUUUCAUCUCUCUGUUUCUCUCUCGGGAUAUUCGUUUUACCGUUGCAAGAUCGAAUUUUUAAUUCUAAAGUACUGAAGAGUGAAGAGCCCAAGAAGCAAAGCGAUUCACCAAUCAAGCUUUUGAUCCGUUCAUUAUGGCUGAGACGAGCAACGUCUCUCUGCAGCCCACUCUUGAGUCUUUCUUCCACACUCUUGACCCCAUUUCUCAGAUCCUCGCUCAGAGAAACUCCGACUCCGACCACCCUCUUCUUCGCCUGAGGCUAACCGCACUGGGUCACGGGCCCAUGGAGAGGGGACCCAGCUAUGAAGCUUACGCCCAAUUAAGAGAAUCAAAGCUCCGACUCAAGCUCAUUACUCAGCAGCAACAACAAGAAGAGCUUGCUUGUUCAGAACCCGACCCGAAAGUAGUGACUCCUCCGCCGACGAAACUGGUCAGGUUUCGGUCGAGUUCGCAGAGAGAAAGGUAUAGUGCAGGCCGUUCAAGUAGUGGGCGUAAAGGGUACUCUGUUCUUGCUCAGUCCGUUCCAGAUUUCUCGGCGGCGGCAUUACGGAAGGAGAAUCGAAAGCCUGUGAGUACGACGCCGCCGCUGCCUGCAGCCAAGAGUUUAUCGAGAUCGUCCAGCGUGAAAGGAAGCAAGUCGGCGAAUAUUGCAGGGGAGAAGAGGGGUGGCGGCAUUCUGAUGGCGAGGAAGAGCCACGCCGCCAUGGAUGAACUCAGGAAUUUCUCUGCCGCGGUGGGUAAUGCCAUUAAAGGUGAAAACAGAGGAGGAGGAAGAAAGACUGUUCUGGGAUGCAGUAAGUUCGGAUUUUGAAAAUGAAAGGACUGUGGAUAUCGUCGAACCUUCUGAUUUCUCCAUUGUUAUUUUAUUCCUUCAAUUUUUUGAUCACCGGUCACAUUGUAAUAAAAUUUAAUAAUUUUUUUCUUGCCCGAGAAAUUGUAAUAAAAUUUGGUUCUGCCAUCCGACUUACGAAUGAAUAAAUAUUUAUGUCCUUGGGCCGAAAAGAUAAUAUUUGUCUUGCCGGGCUUUGGACUGGACUCA